AUGGAGGAGCUGGAAGACAUCUUGAGAGACAUUGGCGGUCACCUGGUGGCCCAAGGCGACGAUUCCGAUGCCGACCGCGACCAAGGCACUCCAGACACAGCAGAGUCUCAGACAGCAAAGUAUGAGAAAGCGCGCACCCGUACAGAUGCUCUGCUGGGCAAGUAUAUGGAGCAGCGGAGAGAGCUAAUCAGAGAGAGCGCCGACAUGGAUGCUAUAUUACUCAGGAAAAGGAUGGAAUACAACCAGUGGUCCGCUGGACCGGGAGCCACCACACAGCUGCGGAUAAGGAUGGAGGCCGAUUGCGACUCACUCGGGCAAAAGAGGAAGCUUGAGGAUUUACGGGCCUCGAUCCAAGGAGUCAAGGAAACAUUCGUUGACCAUUUUCAGCUGCCUGAAUGGAUCUUGGACAAAGGGAAGCUCCGUGCUGCCGACCGAGCCGUGACAACAAUCGAGGAGAGGGGGAUUCGUCCGCCGACGUUCGAGGAAGAUUACCUUCGUUUGGAACUGAAGACAGUCCAGACAGAAUUAGGUUCUUCUCAAAAGCGCGCAGAGGAGCAAGACCGCAAAAUCGUGAGCCUGGGCACCCAGAACGUGGCCCUGCAACAAUCCAACGAGAAAUUGCAACAGUCCAACGAGGACUUGCGGCAGUCCAACGAGAACUUGGAACUGUCUAUCCAAGAUCUACACGGUUCCAAAGACAGGCUUCAGAAACUGUUCCAAACUGCAUCACAGACGAUUGUCGACAGAACAAACGAGCGAGAUUUAGCACAAGUGGAUGUCCAACGUUUGACCAACCAACUCAGCACGACUACAGAGGAUCUCGAGGACACGGCUUCGCUCAACGCCGUAGUAGCAGAUAAGGCUCUAAAAGUCGCCGAAGCAGAGAACAAACGCCUUCGUGACCAGAUGGGACAUCUGCAAACGGAAAACGAGAGGCUGAAAACUCAGUCAACGCCUGCUCCUGUGGAGCUGCUCAGCUUCGAGAUACGAAAGGGAGUAUCUAUCCGCCAGCUUGUUGGGGCGGCAGAGGUGCUGAACCCCGGAGAUGAGGUGACGCUCGAUCUUGGGCAAUUCGACGAAACGGUGCUAGCCCGCUUCAAGGAGGAGAAUGGCCAUGAUCUCGUUGAGCUUGGAAACAAAAACCGGCUCAGGAUCACAACGAGGUUAGGCCAUGACGUGGUGACGGUAGUACGUGAGGAUGGAAAGGAAUACUGGAUCGUCGUGCAUGGACAAUUGGUCCAUGCAACAACCAAGGCUGUCCGAUGGGUGAUGGACACAGACGACGUAAAGUUUUCGCUGCAAGUGCCAGAAACUGAUCUUUUCGAGUUCACUUUCGACGAGAGCCUUCAAGGAGACCUUGACCGCUACAUGUGGGUGUUUCAUAGGGAUGCCAUCCUGAACAGUUUGAUUCCGGCAACACCUUGA